AAUGUGAUCCCCAGUACAAAAAUAAUAAUAAUAAUAAUCUGAAUAAAUGAACAGAAAUGUUGUACUGAUGAAUUUUGUAAAAGGUACCAUAAUAGCUCCCUAAAUUCCUCUGUAGAUUUAAUAAUAUUCAAUAAAACCCCAAAAGACCUUUCAGUAGUGAUAUUUUUGACUCUUAUUAUUUUUGUUUCAAUAAGAAUAUGUAAUUGCAUUGACCAGUGUUAAAUGACAAAGAUGCUGUGUACCACUGUUGUUAUUUUGUGACCCAUUCAUUCUAAACCUUCUGUUUUGUUUCUGGGUGCAGCUGUUUGUGGCUGUCCCUUUCCUGUGGGGAGCCAACUGCAGAGCUGACAGGCCCCAUCUCCACUUGGUCUUUGGCACAGCUGUCAGCUGGAGAAUUGGCAGGCUUUGCCAGCCUGUGAAGCCUGCACUAGAAAUCUCCUUCAAGAUUUUUUCUGAUGCUUGGAAGUUAAUAUAUGAGCCACAAAGAUGGUAAUAAAUCUUUGCCUCCCUCAGUUCAGACCAAGAAUUCACUGCAACAAGAUAUCAGCUGAUGGUUAUGAAGUAGAAAAUCUCAUCUCUGAAGACCUCACAAAGAGAAGCCAUGGUUUUAGGACAGAGUAUUUCAUUAAGCCACCAGUGCACGUGACAGUUUCCUUUCCCUUUAAUGUGGAAAUCUGUAGGAUUUACGUAGACCUCACAGCUUGGGGCAGCCAGAAUGUCACUGGCCUGGAGAUGUACACAUCCACCUUGUCCAGCAGAGCCUCCUGGAGUGGGCCUGAGUGCCAGUCCCUGGGCUCCACCGAGCCCUCUGUGCCUGACAAGGAGGCGUUCACCUUGGUAGGCAAAGUCCUGCUGAAGAACCAGAGCCAAGUGGUGUUCAGCCACCGGGGCUUCAAGGCCAGGCCACCUUUUAGCCCAGUGGAAGUCACACUUCCCUCUCCUGCAGUUUUGGCCGAGGAACUCUGGAAUAAAGGGGCUCUUUCCCUCUGCCAUGUGGCCCACCUCAGGAUCUGCAUCACCCAUGUGACGGGCAGUGGUGUCCCUUGCAUCAAGCGGUUGGAGGUAUGGGGUCAGCCAGCAAAGACCUGCUCUCAGGAGGUCAUAGACAGUGUCUUGCUGCUGGCCUCAGAGAGCAUACCUCAGGACCUGGCCCUACAGACCCCAGCCUUGCCCAUGGAGAGUGACUGUGACCCCGCAGGCCAAUCUGAGGGCCAGCAGGCCCCCUCCAGCCCCCUGCAAGAGCUGGCUGAGGUGAUUCAGGAAGUACCUGAGGAGUUCCUGGAUCCCAUCACCCUGGAGAUCAUGCCCUAUCCCAUGCUGCUGCCCUCAGGCAAGGUCAUCGACCAGAGCACCCUAGAGAAGUGUAACCGCAGUGAGGCUGCAUGGGGCCGAGUACCCAGUGACCCAUUCACAGGCAUUGCCUUCACCCCACACUCCCAGCCCCUGGCACACCCCACCUUGAAAGCCCGCAUAGACCAUUUCCUGCUCCAGCACUCUGUCCCUAGCUGCCACCUGCUUGGGAGAGCACAGGCUGCAUUAGCAGUGACCCCUUCUUCCAUAACCCUGCCUUCUCGGAAAAGGAAGCCGGAGCAGGGGGACCGGACCUUAGACAAUAACCUUGGUGCAAACACUUCCUGCUUUCGGACCACAAACCUGGUCUCUUCCACUACCUCAGAACAUUCCACCAAGAAAAUGAAGGCCACCAACGAGCCUACCCUGACCUACAUGGACUGCUCCACAGAAUCAGUGUCCCAUGAGCAAAAGCUGUCACAAAGCUUGGAAAUGGCCUUGAUGUCCACCCUUGGCUCUAUGCCUUCCUUCACAGCCCGGACGAAUAGGGGACAGCUCCAGCACCUGAGCACAAGAGGAAGCAGCACUUCGCAGAGGCCAGGCGCUGGCUCAGGGCAACCUGGGUGCGACUCAGGCCCCAAGUGCGCCUCCUGCAAAAGAGUGUUUUCUUCCUACUGCAAAAAGGAACCCAUGUACCAGCUGCCCUGUGGCCACCUCCUUUGCCGACCCUGCCUGGGUGAGAAGCAGCGCUCCCUGCCCAUGACCUGCACGGCCUGCCAGCGGCCCUUCACCAGCCAGGAUGUGCUGCGGGUGCACUUCUGAGUGACUAGCCUCAGCCAGACACAGCCACUGCUGGAAGGCACCAAGGGGGAAGGAUGGGGUCAUAGCUCUCCUGUGGUCUGGCCAGUGAGAGCUGCCUGUUCUCUUUCUGGUCAUUGUCACCUCACAGUGCAGCACAGGGAUUGGGGGGCGGCUCACUUCUGCUCAGGUGGCCACAAGAUAAAGCCAUAGACUGGGCUGGGAGGGUUGGAGAAAUAGCCCUGCCUUCCUGAACCUCUCUGCUAUGCUCCUGCCAGCUCCUGCCCAGAGUGGGCACCCCUGCUGAAGGCAUCCCAUGCACACCUGCUCCCAACAAGGCCUGCCGAGUGGGCCACAGUGGACUGCUCAGGGUCACCCAGAAGUGAACCACACGGGGCUUGGGGCACAUGACUCAGCCCCUACCCCCAGCUGGCCAACACUUGGAGCCUUAAUAUAAUGAUGGUUGAUGUCCUCCUUGGUAAGCACCUGUGUCAUCAUACUCCUGUCCCCAUGUGUCUACUAAGUGACUGUCACAGGGCAGUCAUGAGCAGUCACAGGCUGAUUCUUGUCAACAGCCUGAAAGGAUAAAAGUGUUCAGUGUGCCCCAUGUUGUGAGGGCCGCAGGUCAGGGUUUACAGUAGGCAUUGCCAGGGGGGCUGUGUAGUCUCCCUCUGCCAGGUACCAGUGCAGCACUGUCAUGCGGAAAACACCUGUGCAGCAUGUGGCUCAUUUCAGGAAAAGUAUGUGUUUAUAGGCUGCCUUUUUAUCUAUUCACAGUUUAGCUUUAUGGAGUCCCAAAGGGAAAUAUGUAUUCCUGCAACUUUGCUUACCAUACCAUAUAGAUUCUAAUCACCCCAAGAUUCAGUGAAAAACUACACCCCGCUGUUCUGUGCACUUCUGAGCACACUGGGGUAGAAGCAGCCUGAUGUGCUCCUGCUUUGUCCUUGUGCAAGCCUGGUAGACAGGCCAUUCCUUGUCCCCUCGGGCCACCCAGGGUUGAGAUCUGCAGUUGUGUUCAGGGAAUCUGCAUUGGUCAGAGUUCUCAGAGGAGAACCCUGGCGCCUGGCACCUCACAUGACCCCUCAGGGUCUGCACAGACAGCGCAGCAGGCCCCGUGGGCUUUCAGCUCUGUUCCAGGGUGGGGGCUGCUAUCCCUCUUCUCUGUUCUUGGGAAGCGCCAGGACACACUGCUGCACCUUAGCCUGAUCUCCCACCCCAGCAGCUCAGUCCUCAGGGCUCUCUCAGAGCUUGGGAGCCUUUCUCUUGGCAGUGUCCUGUCUGCCUUGCCCUGGAAGCUGUCUGUGGGGUCAGCAUCAGCCCAGAGUGCCCAGAUGAGGGCAAAGCCAUCUCCCUGCAGGUGCAGGUGCUGGAGGUGCUGCAGAGUCUGGGGACCUGCAUUUGUGAUGAGUUUCUGCUCCCCAGCCAGCUGAUGGAAAACCAGGCAUAGUAACCACUGAAUGGGCAGGAGGACCUGCCCUGGACCAGGUUGAACCCCUGCCAACACCCUUGGAGAUGCAUCCAUUUUUAAAUUUUACAGAUUUCCCUAAAAGGAAGCGCUCCUUUCACCACCUUUGUCAUGAACAUGAUGAGCACCACUGGGCUCCAUUUCUCUCCUCCAGAAAAUGGGAAUAAAAUUUCUUUUGCUGCUAUCUGGCCCUGAGGGUUAUUUAUUUUUCAUCAGAGCCUGGGGCUCUUUUUCAUCAGAGCUGCUUUUUCAUCAAAGCAGCUUCCCAGUAAAUACACGGAGCUCAACUCCACUGACUGAGAAGAUUCAGGGCCCUUUGGCCUUGCCUCACAUCCCUGCCCAUCCUCUGACUGCAGGGGGCUUGUGUCUUCUGGUGUCUCUGACUCAAUGGGGCAUGAAGCACAGAGCUCAGAGCUGGUGGGGGGCCUCUGUAGGCAGGAUGUAGGACAGCUUCGUGAGGCUGGGGUCCUGGGCAGCUUCUCCACAUCUCCAUCCCUGAGGUGCACAGGUGAGGUGCAGUGGGCUACAGUAUGGGCCCAAAGUCUCCAGUCCUUGGCUGCUCCCUGUCCUCACUUGCAGAGGCUGGGCAAUGCCAGCUACCAUUGCUUACAGUUGCCCCUCCAGCCUGUGAGCUGGCAGAAGGGUGGCUCUGUCAAAAUUAGCCCCAAAGAUAGAAGUAGAAGAACCAGAUGGCCAGAAAGAAGAGGAACAGCUGCUCAAUGCUCACAGAGAAUCCCGUCUCCCUGCAGCCAGGUAGCUGUGCCCCGUAGCCCCUGGGUGCUGGGGCUGAGUAGGCUCCUCUAGCCCCACACCUGUUCUGCUUCCUCCUAUAGGUCUCCAGCUUGAGGCCACUCAGCUGCUGGGUACCUUUCCAUUCCCCAGGAAAUGCUGGAAGUAGGUCUGUAGACAAAGAGACUUGCCCCUGCUGCUCAACCUCCUCCGGUGGCAUUGUGAUGCUGGCCUAAUUGCCAUUGUGAUGGCCACCACCGGGGUGGGGUGGGGCUGCUGCAGGCUGGGCCCCUCCACAGAGCCCCCCCCAGGACAACGUAAACCAGCUCCCUGCCUCGGCCUGCUACCUGGCCCCUCUCCCAGACUACCUGCUCACACAGCAUCUUCCCUCCAUUCUGGGCAGGGGAGGGGCUAGGCUAGGAAUUGGCCAAAGCUGUGCCGUCCAGUGUAGUAUCUUCUAGCCAUGUGUGGUUCUUGAUUUAAAAGCAAAUAUAAUUUAAGAUUCAGUUCCUAGUCCUGCCAGCCACAUUUCUACAGUAGUCAUAUGUGGGUGUGUAUUGGACCAUGGAGACAACAACCGGUUUCCCUGCAGAAAGUUCCACUGACCAGUGCUAGAUCAAAUAGGAGCUUGGUAAGACUCCCUGGGAGCUGCUCACUGCUGUGAGCCUGCCCGUGGGACAAGAGAGAAGGCUCUACUUGGAAAGAGUGGCAUAAUGUAUGAGGUUUUUCUUGGGAGUGGGGUAGAUGAAUUUGAACCUCAUUCCCCCAGCCUUGGGUGGCACCCUUGACCUACACUCCUGUACCAAGAGCUCCCCAGAGUGGCUCUGCCUGCCACUCUUUUAGUUUGGCACCAGGGAUCAAACUCAGGCACUUGUGAGGCAGGUGGUGGAACCACUGAGCUAAAUCCCCGGCCCCCUGCCUGCCACUAUUGAUGACCCAGAAGGUGACAUAAUUUCCCACUGGCACAGAGAUGAGAAGAUGAAGGAGGAACAAAGCCUUGGGAUGGUGGGCAAGUUUUUUCCAUGAAGGUUGCACUAAUAACAAGAUGAUGUUUCAGCAGAGCAAGCAGCUCAGUGCUACAGCCAAGUGGUACAGCUCUGAGGCACAGCUGAACUUUACAGCUCAGUGUGGCAUCUCUGGGUCACAGCUCUCAUAAUUUGAAGGCUCUGAUGGUCAGUUAAGAGGUGGAGAAAAAUUCUAUUAGGCUAGCAAGCCCUGGUGGGCUCAGAGGAGUCUGAGCACUCUACCAGAAAUGACAGCCUCCUUACAUAGGGAUCUACUUUCAGGGUAGGCAAGCAUGCUCAAUGAGUGUGGGGCAGAGUUACAGAACAUUCCUGAAACACAUGCCUUGUGAGCAUGCUCACUGAAGUGGGCAGAAUUACAGAACGUUUCUGAGAGGGGGUGAAGCUUAACCUUCUUGUGAGGGAGCAGAGUUUGACAGAACAGUACUGAAAGUUCACACGGUUCAAACAACCACAAACCAUUUUCAUACACUGGGCAGGAGCCCAGCAGCAAAAAGUUGACUGACCUGGAGUCACUAUAUAGCCCAGGCUGGUCUCGAACUCACAGUGAUCCUCCUGCUUCAGCCUCCCAAGUGCUGGGAUUACAGGCAUGAGCCACCACGCCUGGCAUGUAUCUGUCUUAAUGUAUAGCACUUCUCAGUGGCACCACCUGUAUCCACUGCUCAAAUAUUUGGUGUUUUCCCUUCCAAUAUUCCUCUAUUAGGAAAAAAGGGGGCUUUUGUUGGUGUUUGGGGGACAUUGUUUUUGCUGUGCUGGGGAUCAAAUCCAGGGCCUCACAUGCUAGGCAUCCUGGGGGAAGGGACACAAAAAAACAGCUUUUUGCAGAUGGGGAGAAAUAACCCAACACAGAGCAGUGAAACAAUUACUGUAAAAACCCAAAACCAGGCCUGAGUAUAUAUGGAAACUUAAGAUAUUAUAAAAGCCAGUAUCACGAAUUAACAGUAUAAAUGGGCCUUUAAGCACUGGAAUCACUAGGAACAAUUUGAUACUAAGAAGUAGAGGAAAACAGCCAGGCAUGGUGGUGCAUUUGUGUAAUCCCUGCAUUCUGGGAAGCUGAGGUAUGAGGAUC